CCCCCCCUCCGCAGUCAUCUCUCGUUCCGCACCUCCCACCUCGCUCCUCGCUUCUCGCUCCUCACCUUGCACGCACCGCCACCCCCUCCGUCCUCCUCCAUCUUCCUCCAUCUUCCCUCCCUCCACUUCUUCAACUCGGCUUUGAAACAUCACCUCACUCCCACUCCAAACUCAAAUAACAACACCAUCAACAACAUCAAUAACAACAACAACGCUCACCUCGAGCUUUCUAGCUCCUCCUAUCCCCUCUAUCCCCCGAGUCAUUGCACUCGAUCACAUCGCACCCUCACCUUCGGCUCCCACUGCCUGCGCAGAUCCACCCAAUCCUCCAUCCCUGGACGCUCUGCCUAAUCUGCCCCACCAUCGGCACCACGCGUCGUCAGCGUUGAGUCACCUCGCUUUCAGUUCAGACUCCCCACUCUCUGUCCAAUAACUCCUUCCUCCCAGACUUCCAGGUACCAGGCAGCGAUGCAGGACACCGCGCCGUACGACGACAUUCUUGAGGAUGAGACGUUGGCGCCUCUGAAGCGUAACCAUGCUUGCCUGCAGUGCAAGCGCCGUAAGGUCAAGUGCGACGCUGUACGCCCAACAUGUAACCCAUGCAUGCGCUCGCAUGCUCACGCACUUCGUUCCGCCCAACGCAAUAAGAGUCGCCCGCCGAUACUCGUAUGCACCUACGCCGACGACGACGAGGCCGUCGUAGAGCCCGAGCCGGAGCGAAAACGAGUAAGCUCGGCAUCAGCGGCUACCACCAAGAUCAAGAAGCAGGCUCUCGGUGGGGGAGAGCGCGACUUGCAGCGUGAGAAAGAGCGCCGCGGUGCAGAGGAGCGCGACACACUCAGGGCUCGCAUCGCCGAGCUUGAGGCCCGUCUCGCCGAGCUCACCACCCAUGAUACCCAGCAAAGCAGCGCGAACGGUUCCAAGUCGGCCUCACCAGACGCGAUCCCGACCAUUGACACCAAGGGCUCGAGUUUCAACAAUUUCAACUGGAAUGCGGGCGCAACGCACGCCUUCUCCGCAUCCUUUGUGGGUAUGGACGCCCAAUCGUCCAUAGCACCGGCGUUUCUCAGCAUCGAGGCUAGCGAGGCAGCUGCCUUCCAGUCGUUCGACUUCUCCAAUCUUCUAAUGCUGCCGAAUAAUUGGCCUCGGAAUUUGCCGUCACCAGCCAUCCUUGAACAUCUCAUCGAGACGUUCUUCCAGUGUGAGCCGCAGCUCCCGCGCAUGAUCCAUCGCGCUACGCUCCUCGCCCGUAUCAGGCUUGCCCCAAACCACCCCGACUUCCCGGCCGCCGAGCUACUCCAUGCGAUUUGUGCUGCUGCCGCCCCGCACACGGCCUGGAUCAAUUCACUCAGUCCACAGGACAUCGACAACAGUCGCCGCCAGCAUAUUGAGGCGGGAAUUGACUUGGAGGCGUCAAGCGACUUUGCGACAGCACAAUGCGAGGCCGCUGAGCGGUGCAUCCGCCACAAGACUCUGACCACUGUUAUGCUUCACGGUCAGCCCUUGUUCGACAUUGUCCGAGCACACGUCAUCCUGAGUCAAACAUAUCUCAACGGUGGUCUGGCACUGCGCGCCUGGAUGGCUGGCGGUCUUCCCGGCCGGCUGAUCAAGGCUCUAGAGAUCUCUACCCGCAAUACACGCAAAGCUGACAAGCCGCCUCUCAUGGAAGCAGCGGAGGACGAUCGCGAUCGCGAGGAGCGCGUAGCGACAGUCUGGAUGGCCUAUCUCUCGGAAGCAGGCUUCUCAAGCAAUUCGUGCUGGGCAUCCAGCCUCCAACUCGACGAGAUCUUCAUUCCUCUACCCACGAGCUAUGACGAGUGGCACCAGCGCUUCGACCAGUCGGGAUAUAUGAAACAGAACCCGCAAACCGCCCACGACCCGGACGUCCUUAUCCACCACCCAGUCCCCGAUCCGUUUGUUUUGGUCAUCAAGUCGUCCCUUCUGCUCGGCCGUAUCGCUCGCUGGGUCUACGAAUGGCAACAGCGUGUCGUCCAACCAGGUGACAUGAAUGAGGGCAUGAAAAUGCCUUCGUUUGUCAAGCUUGUCGAGGACAUUGACGCAUUUCAGACGCAUCUUCCUCCCGACUUCAAGAACGUCUACCGCCUUGUUGACUCCGGAAACAUGAACCAGUUCAGCGCCGAUCUCCUAAGCGUUCACGUCUUCCCCAAUCUGGCUCUCAUGCUACUCUACGAGCCUUUCAUGGGAUGGGACAGCGCCGAGGGACCAAACAUGAGCGCCGUUGCCGCGGUGCAGGGUGCCUUUGAGCGGAUCAUGGGUCUUCUUCAUCUUAUCCCUUCGCAGCUCGAUAUCACUAUCGUUUUCACUCCGUUACUCGCCUUUUCGAUGUUCACGGUUGGGCGCAUUGUUAGCAAGUUCGCUUUCCGAGCCAAGCAGUACGCCCUUGCGAUGCGAUGGCGCGCCGAUCUCAUCAGCCUCAACAGUCUACUGACUCGCUACGCUGCGAAGCAUGCAUUGGGCCUCCACCUUCAACACUUCAUCGCUCAACACGUGAAGUUGAAUCAGGACCCGCGCCCAGACCGGCCAUCCAUGAAGGAGCUGUGUGGGAAUAUAAAGGAGGCAUACGCAUGUAUGCCCAAUACUGUCAAGACACCGGGCUCGAAUUCGGAUACGGACAUGGGAGCACGAUCAUCUGCUCCCUCGGUUGGAACGGCCACCACUUCGCCAUCGCAGCCCACUUCAAUGGGACGGACGCCAGAUAGCAUCGACGCUGUCGACGCCACGGCCAAUUCAUCUCGCAGUGGCUCAGCGAGCACAAACCACCUUACUCCCGACUAUCUCCAGCCACAACAGAUGCAGCAAACACUUGGGGUAUCAGACGACCAGAGCUUUGAUCCCUCGCUCCUCGAGUUCCUUGACCCGACUGCCGCCGCACAGGUGCAGGCUGCGAUGUCGGGGUUCGGCAACAAGGCUCCCGAGGGGCCGCAGAGCCCCCUAUCGGAGCUGCUUGCGGGCCUUAACGCCAACAACGGCAACGCGAACGGCGUCGUAAACCUAAUGGGCGGAGAGAUUCCCGGGUGGAACUUCAACCAGUUUGCUAACUAGAGUCCGACUGUAGACAUAGCUGUGCGUGUAUCCAGGGGUGUUGGUAUAUUGUACUCGUA